GAAAAAUGUACAAGGUGAGAAAAUUGUUCUUAUACCGAAUAUCGCUCGCACGACAAAAGAGGAAGACGUUCAUUAAAAGACAAUUACAGAAAAUGCAAAAGUGGCUUUUUUUUUCUUUUCUUUCUUUUCUUUCUUUUCUUUCUUUCUUUCAAGUAGCAAAUUCUCUAAAUAAGUAACUCAACGGAACAUAAACGGUCGCUUCAAGGUUAAUAAAUUGAAAUAAAAGUCCGUUAAACGAAUACAAGAAUAAUCACGACAUUGUGACUAUUCAAUUGCAAAAUCACCUAAUUAAAUUAUGACAGAAUUUAAUGGAUUGUAAGAGUAUUUAAUUUUGGGUGUUAGCUCUAUAAGAAUCGUCUUCCUUUAACUCCCUCCUUUUUUAUAAGAAUAUUUUUCCUUUCAUCGGAGCUUAGCUAGCAGAUUACGAAUUGCAUUCUAUUAUUAACCCUUUUAAAAAGAAUAGAAACGAAAACACAUCAUGAGUCAAACUGUCUUCAAAGAUAUUUUUGCUAGAGACGCUCCUUUUCGUGAGCAACUCAACAAGGAAGCAGCAUCUUUGCAAAAGAUUAUUUUAACGGAACGCCAAUUUUGCGAUCUUGAGCUUAUUUUAAAUGGUGGUUUCAGUCCUUUGGAAGGAUUUAUGACUGAAGAGGACUAUCUAAGUGUCGUAAAUAACUUGCGCUUGAAGUCCGGCGCAGUAUUCCCUAUUCCCGUUACCCUCGAUGUUAGUGAGAGCCAAGCCGGUGCCAUUAAUGCUUCAGAGCGUAUUGCUCUUUUGGAUCCUAGAGAUGAACAGACGAUUCUUGCUAUCCUCACCGUUGAAGACAAGUAUGUUCCCGAUAAGGUUGUCGAGGCUGAGAAGGUUUUUGGCGCUAAUGACCGCGCGCAUCCUGCAGUAGAAUACUUGUUUGGGACUGCUGGUAAUGUUUAUCUUGGUGGUAAGCUUCAAGCCGUUAACCCUAUACGCCAUUUUGAUUUCGUUGCCUACCGCUAUACCCCUGCUGAGCUCCGUUCUGAAUUUGAGCGUAAUAAUUGGAACCGUGUUGUUGCUUUCCAAACUCGUAAUCCUAUGCACCGUGCUCACCGUGAGCUUACUGUACGUGCCGCUAAGCAACACUCUGCUCGUGUGUUGAUCCAUCCAGUUGUUGGUAUGACCAAGCCAGGUGAUAUUGACCACUUCACCCGUGUUCGUGUUUACGAAGCUAUUCUUCAACGCUACCCCAAGGGUUCCGCUAAACUUUCUCUUCUUCCAUUAGCUAUGCGUAUGGCUGGUCCUCGGGAGGCCUUAUGGCAUGCCAUCAUUCGCAAGAACUAUGGCGCUAGCCAUUUCAUUAUUGGACGUGACCAUGCUGGUCCUGGAAAGAACAGUCAAGGCAAAGACUUUUAUGGCCCUUAUGACGCGCAAUACUUGGUUGAGCAAUACUCUCACGAAAUUGGAAUCAGCAUUGUUCCUUUCCAAAUGAUGACUUAUUUGCCUGAUGAGGACAUCUACAAGCCCGUCGAUCAAGUUGAACCCGGUACUCGCACUCUAAACAUUAGUGGUACUGAACUUCGUCGUCGCCUUCUCGUAGGUGCUCAUAUUCCUGAGUGGUUUUCUUACCCUCAAGUUGUAUCCAUCUUGCGUCAAUCUUAUCCUCCUAAAUAUGCUCAGGGUUUUGUUUUGGCCGUUCCUGCUACUGCAGAUAAGCUCGUCCCUAGUGCCUUGAUUUCUGCUCUCAAUGAAGAUGGUCGUCGUCACGUAACUUCUGUCUCCCGUUUGGACACUACUUCCUUAACUUACGCUCAGGAACUUCAACGUGCUGGUGCUGCCGUCGUUGUUUCUUUGGCUGAUGCUGAUAAGUCAAUUCAAAUCCCAGCUAAUUGGGUUCAAGUGAACAUUGAUCCCCAUGAAACCGUAUCCGAAGUCACUUUUACUGUUCUUUCUCAAUUGUCAGAUGAGGGCUAUUUGUAAAAACAACUGACCUAGUUGAAGGUUAUAAUCUUUCUUCUUCCUCAAGUGGGCAAUGUAAAUUUCCCCUUCAUGAGAUACAUAAGAAGCCAUGUUAAUACCUUUCUUUCUUUACACUCAGUUUCUGAUUCUUGUUUUUCUUGUUUAUCUUGUUUAUUCAUGUUCAGUUUUGGCACUACAAAAUCAAUCCCCUUCUUUCAUAGGUUGUUAAGAUGUAACUGCUCAAAAUAUGAUUAAAAAUUAUGAUAUCCAAUAGUUUUAGUGCUGGCAACUUAUAUGAAACAGAAAAAAAUUGUAAACAAAAGAAGCCUUCCCUGAAAAUUCAAUAAACUGUAAAUAAGUACAAAAGGACCCAAGUUUUAUUUUGUAUUAUUCAAAUCAAAUUUAUUUGA